AAAUGUAAUUUAAUAUAAUGCCGCGAGACGUACAGGGGAAGAAAUGAAUAGGUCUCGCGUCAAUGAUCGCAACAGAGUUAAAGGAGGAUAUAUUAACGUAUAAUGACUAUAGCAGGACACUGUUCAUUUCUGUGUCAACUUUCGUAGUUUUAGGUGGAAGUUAAUCUUUAAAAUCUUUCUCCUCAAUUGACUUUUGAUCUUCUUUGGAUAUUCUUUUAGUACUUGACUCAGUUGAUCCAGUAUGGUAAACCGUGAGGAAUUGAUAGCGAUAGUUGGAGGUUCACUCGCAGGACUUGUUGUCUUAAUGGUUACCAUUGCUAUCUGUAUAUAUUGCUGUUGUGGACGGAAAAAAGAACCAAAGAAAAAUAAUAAUAGACGUUUUCAACCUCUUCAAUCGGGAAACGAUUCUAGUAAGCAUAGCACUUUAAAUGGCGUAGAUCCACGGGUGGAUCCGAGAAAUGCUGAAAACAGACUUCCAAAAGUAGGAAGUAACGGAUUAUGGAUGGGAGGAACUCCAAGUAUGUAUGCUGGGCCACCUCAAGCCAAUUAUCACUAUGGGGAUAGAGAUAGAGACAGAGAGAGGGAUCGACACGGGAAAAGAAGUUCUUCUCUGCAGCGAACAACAUCGGAGGAACGACUUCAUCAAAACAUAAGAUAUAUUACAUAUCGAUCCAAAAGCUAUGGUACAGACUUGGAAAUGCUCGGUAGAGGUCAUCCAGUUUAUACAAGUGGAAAUAUGCAUCUAUACCAUAGCAACCCUUAUAAUUAUUAUGAGCCCUAUGCCUUGCCACGAAGUAACAGUUACCUCAAUAUGUAUGGAGGUUAUCCUCCAUAUCCAUCACAGAGCAGUAGAGAUUCACGUGCAAUGCUUGUGGAAUAUCCAGAGGGUCAUGAGUAUAUUUACGAUCCUUACAGAGACACCUCAGAUGACCAACGUCGUGGAAAGAAAGUUAAAAGAACACAUAGUGAUUUGACAGGAACGAAACGAAAGAAGAAAGAGAAAAGACGAGGAUCACCGAUGGAAAAUAGAAGAGAUAGAAGUAUAGAAAGGUUAGAUAGACCUUCCGAUAGACCGCCAGUCCCCGACAGGGCAACAUCUGCUGAUGUUCAUAGGCAACAAAAACAACCAUAUAUUCUUCAGACAAAAGAACAGAGACAACCGAAAGAAAUUUCCGAACAAACAGCAACAAUAGAUAUUCAUGACACAGAGCUGUCGGAAUGUGCAACAGAUAGUGCCAAAAUUAGAGCUAUGCAAGGGAGGACUUCAGAUCCAGAACCAAUUUCUAAAAAGUGGCCCGUUAAUGACGAUUUGAAGUUGGACCUCCCUAGUGAUAUAAAUGACGAUGGUACUGACGAUAUCACAGUAAAACGUUAUCAAUAUGAUGGAAAUUAUCCACAUAAAACAGAGAGUCAUCAUAACAAACCGACUGAAAAUAAAACUAACGGAUAUACGAAUUCAGCUUUCUUAGAAAAUGAAAGAAGAGAUGGCGGACAUGUGCAUAAACGUUUAGAGAAGCGUGAAAGUAACACAGAUGGAAAGCAGGUGUCUGCAGCUUUUGACUUCCUGGACAAUUACGUAUCUGAUGAGGAUGAAACAGUGUUUGCCGACAGCAGACGACAGUCACCACUACCAUUCGAUACAUGAAGAGAAUCUUGGUGAUCAUAGAGACUACAUUGGUCAUUAUAUGACUGAGUCAAAAUAUCAGCCAAGCCGAAAGUGCACGUGCUAUAAGCAUCAAAAGAUCCGAAGGAAAAACGUCGUACUAUAAUCGUUCAGUAAUAUUAUAUACGUAAUACUAUACGGGUACUGCAAUUGGAAAUACACAACGCAAUAAGUUCACCAAAGAAUCGUUUUUACAUGUUAUACAUAUAUUGAUGCAAAAUUCCAAUCGAGGCCCGGUGAAGCAUAAGCCUAUUUUUUGUAAUCAAUUAAUAAUCAGUAACCUCAGGAUUUCAUCUUCAGCUUCUAACAUAUCAUAUUGCCAUCAAUAUUAUCGAUUAAGUGCCAUAUGUAACUAUUAUAUAUGUAUAAUCUUUUGUUGCCUUAGUUGGGUUUUUUUCUAGUGUUUUAUUUCACUAAUAAUUUUUCAAAUAAUCGAACACUCCGUAGGAGUGAACAUUGUUUAUUAUAGUCCAUGGACAAUUUGAAGGUUAAUUUUCAAUUGGACACUUUUUUUUAAUUGAAAUCCUUUAUGUUAUGCAAACUGUCGUCAAUACUUAAACAACGAAAGCAGCCAUGUGCACAUUAUAGUAAACUGUCGUCAGCAUUAUUUUUGUACAUGGGUACAAGACAUAUAUCUAUAUUUGUUAUAACAAUGAAAAUCAAAAUUUGUAAUACUCCUAUAUUAUAUCAUUAUUUAUUACCUUUGUCAUAAUAUACAAAUAAAAUAUUAAAACUGA